AUUUCAGUUUUCAGCAGCGCGGGGGGGUUCUUCACUUUCUGUUUUGCAGCUUCAGCACCACCGGGGAGGGGGUGGGGUUCUUCUCCUUUUCCCAGCCGCGAGUUCUUCCCAGCAGCAGGAGUCUUCCCAGCCGAGAGAGCACUGCAGAACCGAGAGCCUUCAGCAGCCGCGCGGGAGAGUGAAGGGCGCACGGGAGAAGGAGCCGACAGGAGGAGGUGCGGCAUUGGGUAUCUCCAAUCUUCAGCGGAGGUUCACGCACUGGUAAGGCAAGGUAAAAGCUCAGAUUUAGUUUCUUGGGGAAGGUUUCUUGUAAGCAAGUCAGGGAGGAAUAUAGGGAGAAACCUAGGAUUCUUCGCAGGUGCGAAGAGGGGGUUUCUUGGGUUGUUCUUGGGCUGAUUUUCAGAAGAGAUCGAUAAGACAAGAAAAGGAAGGGUAAAAUUGGCAACUUUCAAGAUUCAGUCCUUCUCUUCGUUUUCUGCUGACCAGCUUGGCAGCGUCCCGGGCCCCCUCCAACACUUUACAGUUACGGCCUCUGCCUCCGCAUUUUCCUAGAGAGAGAAGAAGAAGAAGAAGAAGAAGAGGAGGAGGAAGAAGGGGCUUGAUGCUGUCUGUCUGCUCGUCCAGUGUCUUUUAGCCUUCUCAUAAAAAAUCCCUAAUUUUCCCGAGGGAAAAGAGGGCUCACCAUUUAUCAACUAUAGUUUGUAUCAAGUAAAUGGCAGACCGACAACCGCUCGAUCAGCAGCAUUCGCUUGAUCCUCCUCAGUUGCAAUCGUCACCAUCUCCACCACCAAGAGAAGACAUGAUUGCAUGUGUGAUGGCAUUAGAAGCUGCUUUGCUUCCAUGCUUGCCUGCUAGAGAGCUCCAAGCAAUUGACCGUUCUCCUCAUCCUUCUCAUCAGAUUGACGUGGAGAGGCAUGCCAGAGAUUUUAUGGAGGCUGCCAAGAAGCUUCAACUGUAUUUUAUUGGUCUACAAUGCGAGGAUCAGCCUACCAAAGCAGAAAUGCUUAGGAAGGAGAUUGCUACGAUGGAAGAAGAGCUGAAGAUGAAGACACGGAUUGUGGAGAAGCAGGAAAGAUUGAUCCAAGGCUGGAGGAAGGAGUUGAAAGACCAACUGGAUAAGCACAACACAGAGUUAGAGAGGGUGUAGGUUACAAUGAAUGAGAGAUGUAUAAUAAUUGAAUAAGCAAAAGUAAUUUUUUCGUGACAGGUAUCUGUGGAAUCAAGGCUACCACUUAUUUAUGAUUGUUCUGUUUGUGCGUCGCUUGCUAAUUGAAUUUUUCAGCUCAUUUGACUCGUGAGGAUGCAUAUAACAAUAAUCAGUUAUUGUCGCCAUAUAUUCAAUCAUAAUAUUUAUCAUUGACUA